CUCGUCUCCUCGCAACGCCGCUCGUGCUUGGAACAUGAUCGGAACUCGGAACAGUAAUGGAAAUGGCCCAGCGCCGAUAGCGUUUGUGCGUCGCCAGCGCGCACCGACUUUUUGUGCAUGUGGUGUUCGUGAUUCAUGCGUAUUUAUCGUGCCGACGUCGGCACUUUUUGAAAGCAGUAUAAUUCAACGCGCCUCGUGUUAAUGGCAGCUUUUUUCCCAGCGGAUCCCCAAGCCUCAGCAUUGCAAACGAGAGUGCGCUGGUUCGAGAGCUCCAAAAAGCCUGCUUCGGUUCGAAGGCCCUGCGUGGGUACGCGUGUUAUUGACGAUGAACAUCAUGCCACUAUGGAAGCCACAGCUUGGGUAUCUGACGCCGCAGUACCCAGCGACCAAGCAAGAAGGGGCGACGAGCGUGCUGAAUUUGAACUUUGUUCCAAAGUACUCACCACGGACUCCGCGCGCGAUAGGCACAGGGAAGGGUGCACGCGAACAGGACCAGCAAGGCACCCCCGCGUAAAGUGCUGGCUUGUCUCCUCAAAAGCAUUGCUGAUGCACACUUUUUUUGUCGUGCAAUUCCUCAGCGCAAAGGCCAUUUCCGACCGAGCUAUUGAGGACGAUCUGUGUAAUAUGUCGGAUUUCGAUUCCUUCAAAUAACAGGUUGGCGGCAAGUGUGACGCAUUCGGUAGCAGAUCUGGAGCAGGCGCUGGCUCGGCUGCAGAAGGGACGCAACUUCGUGCAGAGCAACAAAAGAGUGACGCUUACGCCUCACGAAAUAUCGUUGUCCAGAGCGGUGCUCGCGAUUUGGCGCGCAAAUUGCUACAAUCACGAUGAAGCGCUUGUGUCCCGCGGCCACGCAAUAGAGGAAGCCAGUAUUCUUUUUCAUCGGUAGUUUGCGGUCUGUCAAAAAGAAAAAACAAAACACUUCAUCAUGCUGCACAUCAAUCAUGCUACGGUAAUAUUCUGUUAAUGCGAAAACUAAAAGGAACCGAGUGUCAGAGCGGGUUUCGCUCGCGAGCUGACAAACUAGCGCGCGAAUUCGUCGGGGCGAAGCGUCGCGAAAAAGAUCUGGAAAUGAGAAAAACGGCUGAGCGCGAAACCGCCGCGGGGCAUGCUCGAGACAUCGCCGCCCUGAACGCGGACAUAGAAUUUUUGGAAGAAAAGCUGCGACUCGCCGAGUGCACGGCUGUGCGGAACCUGCAGCAUCACGUUUCGGUGUACGCCUCACGGGUGGAAAAUUUUGCCGCAGCAGGAGGAGGACACCAUGCGUCUUCCUCGGGUCCUCCCGGAGGGCCGGUCGAACGCGAAACGACCGCCACGGCGAGCCCCCGGGACCUGCUCCUGCAGAGAAAAAGCACGUCCCGCAGCUUCGGCAUCGAGGUUAGUACCGGCGGCGUCGCGGAAAUGGAAGUUGAGCAGGGCGACGAGUCGCCUCCUCCGGGUAACGUGCAGGGGGCUCACAACAGAUUUCAACAGCGGCAGCUAGGGAGGUUUUCUUCCCCGGAGGCGUGGCGACUGGGUCAUUCGCAGCCGAGGCCGAGGGCCGAGGUGGCUGGUCAACCACUGAACAUGGAAGCCCUGCGCGGCAUCAAGUCUGAUCUGCAAACACUCAGUUUUCAGUUUCUUAGCGAUCCUAAGAUUCACCGCAUAGUGCAAGCAACCCCCACGUUGGGAACGCGGGACCAGACAAGUAAACUCUGGGUGUAUCCCCGAUGCGCUUCUCCAACGUGAUUUUUGAGAUGGGCAAACAGGAGAUUCAGAUUGAUUGUUGCUGG